AUGUCGGAGAGCUCAGUAGUACCUGCAAAGCGCAAGCUUCGGCCUGCCCGAAAGCAAGUAGCGCCGGGCGAGAUUGACAAGACGGAAGGACCGCAAGCUGGCAAGGAAUACAACGUCUGGUAUAACAAAUGGGCGGGAGGAGAUAAAGAGGACCCUCUGUCAAACAAGACACUAUCCCAGUCCCGCUGUGUGAUUAUCCGGGAUGCGGGGUACACUCGCGCGGAUAUGACCAACAACAAGUAUUGCUGCCUGUUCUUUGCAAGGGGAUGCUGUCCAUAUGGACAUGAGUGCAACUUCCUGCAUCGGCUGCCACUGCCAAAUCACCAACUCCCCGACAACUCGCGCGACUGCUUCGGACGCGAAAAGCACGGCGAGUACAGAGACGACAUGGGCGGUGUCGGCUCUUUCAACCGCGUCAACCGAACACUCUAUAUCGCCCGUAUGGCCGAAAGUCCCGACAAGAAGCAAACGGAGGAGACGCUCCUGCGGCAUUUCGGCGAGUGGGGGAAAAUUGCCAAGUGGAACAUCCUGUAUAAUAGGGGGAUCGCGUUCGUGACAUAUGAAAGCGAGCUGGCGGCGCAGUUUGCGAAGGAGGCGAUGGCGAAUCAGAGUAUGGACUUGGAGGAGAUUCUGAAUGUUAGAUGGGCGACCGACGACCCCAAUCCUGAAGCCAUCCGCUCCGAAGCCCAACGCAUCAAAGUCCUCGGCCAAGAAGCCAUCAAAGGCAUGCUGGACGAGGGACUCGUCGAGGCCGCGCAGACCAUCCGUGCGCUGGAAGAUGGGGACGAGGAGGACUUCUACCCUAUCGAGGCGUCCGCGCCAUCCCCACCGCCUUCCCCUCCUCGUCCCUCGGCAAAUUCAAAACGAGGAGGGGGUUUACUGAGCGGAGAAGCGAUGGAGAACCUGCGGUACUAUGCCGAGAUGGCGAAAAAGCAGGCAGAGGAGAGUCGGGCGAGUGCGGCGGGUGCGGCGAAGAAGAAGAAGGCAGCGCCGGUGGGGAUGGCGUUGUUGGGCGGGUAUGGGAGUGGAGAUGAUAGCGACUAG